CAAACCCUAACCCCCCCUCCCAACUCCCCACCCCCACAGCCUCAAUCCCCUCCCAAUCCCACAUUCCCACGCCCCCACCCUCGGCGCAGAUGGCCCCGUCGGCGCCGAAGAAGAAGCGCAAGGUGAACCUCCGGGAGAACGAGGAGGUCGCGGCCAGGAUCUUCGAGAAGCACCGCUCCAUGGCGGCGCAGCAGCCGGGCGGCCUCCCGGACCACCAGGCGCGCGCGCUCUCCGCCGCCUACACCGGCGUCUGCGCCGCCAAGGAGCCCGUCCGGACCCCCGGCGACCUGGCCCGUCUCAAGGGAGUUGGAGGUUGGUUUGUUGAUGUUAUGGAAGACUCCUUUCCAGGGUCCAGCCUUGAUUUGUCUCCUCCGACAAGUAAUACACCAGGAGAAAUGGGGAAGAAGAACACACGAAACAAACCUUAUGUGCCACGGUUGAAAUCAGCUGCUUAUGCAAUAAUGAUCACACUCUACAGGGAAAUGGAAAGAGGGAAGGAAUUUAUGAUGAGGCAAGAGCUUAUUGAUGCUGCUGAGGCCAGUGGUCUGUCAGAACAUGCAAUAGGCCCAAACAACAGUAGGAAUUCUCGGAAUGAAGGUUACAGUUAUACUGGAUGGAAUAGCAUGAAGACGUUAACAAAUAAGGAUCUGGUUAAGAAAAAGAGUAAUCCUGCAAAGUAUUACCUAACAGAAAAAGGCAAAGAGACAGCUCGCGAUUGUCUCGCACGAUCUGGAUUGGAUGGUCCUGCAGGACCUUUAACGGCAGCCGGUCAUUCUGCAGUUGUGCUCAGCGAUUCAGAUUCUGAUGAACAUGACGGCAGCAGUCCCCUGAUAGGUUCUGAAAGAAGUGGACUUCCAAACUCAAAAGCAGGCAGUUCCAGUUCCUUUGACAACGGCCGUGCUACUAAUUCUCCUCUUUCAUCUCGAGGAAUGUUCAGACAGCAAUCGUUUAGUGCAAUGGGUUCUGCUGAGAAGUCUUUACUAGCUAUGCCACCUCAUCAAUCUAAUGAAAGUUUUCUGAAAGUUUAUGACGUGGUGCUGAUAUUGGAUGAUCGAGAUACUUUCGGGCCCCGUUCCAGAAGAAAAGUUGUUGAUAAUAUACGCUCGCAUUUUAAUAUUCCCGUAGAGAUUAAACACUUGCCUGUUGGAGACGCUCUUUGGAUUGCUCGCCAUAAAGAACUUGACACGGAGUAUGUUCUUGAUUUCAUUGUUGAAAGGAAAAAUGUGGAUGAUUUACUUGGGUCGAUUAAAGACAACAGAUACAAAGAUCAAAAACUAAGACUGAAGAAAUGUGGGCUAACGAAGUUAAUAUAUCUAGUUGAAGGGGAUGUAAACACUGUAGAUGGAUCAGAGAGUGUUAAAACAGCCUGCUUCACUACUGAGGUUCUUGAAGGAUUUGAUGUCCAGAGAACCACUGGGUAUGCUGACACUGAAAAGAAAUACGGCCACCUCACGGGCUCUAUAAUUGAUUACUACAGCAGAAACUUCUCUGCUGGUGCUGAUACCUCUCGACUUUGCCUGACCUACGACGAGUUUGUGAAGAGGUGUUCUGACCUUGAGAAGGUCACUAUGGGCGAUAUAUUCGCCCUUCAGCUUAUGCAGGUGCCACAAGUGACAGAAGAAGCUGCUCUUGCUGUCACGAGUCUCUACCCCACUCUUCUCUCGCUUGCUAAGGCGUACACCUUGCUUGAUGGCGAUAGGCGUGCCCAGGAGGAGAUGCUGAAGAACAAGAGCGACAUGGUCAACACGGGGGCUAGCAAGAACAUCUUCAAGCUCAUCUGGGCGGAAGGAUGAACACCCCGUACUUAGCCGGUCUUUUGGUCACCAUCGCGGUGAUUUCAGAUCUUCUACGCAAGUUCCCAAGGUGAAGACAGGAGGGACCCUUUUUGUGCUGUGCCUGGUGCCUUGGAGAACUGAAAGUCACUGAACUUGUAACCACCACCUAACAGAACGCCUUAGCGUGGCCUCGCUCCCCGUUUAAAUUACUACUAGAAUUGCAUGCUCCAAAUUAUGGAGUCGUCUUAUUAAGGUAGUGCAUUAGCGCUUCAUGUGUGUAUAUAUACUAAUAUUAGUUCUCGACUCAGUUGCUUGGAUUAUGUGAUGUCUUGUGUUAACUCGA